AUGGCAAAGAACAUCAACUCAGUCAGCAUCACCGUUCUCUUGUUCGUUCUCUUGGUGGCUUCCACCGAAAUCCUCAAGAGCAAGGCUCAAACAUUUUGCUUCGAGUGCGGACCGGUGCCGUUUCUAGGUACAAAUGCUGAUUGCUUUAACUGUUGCAAGACCAAAUACGGGAGUCCUCCAGUCGUUAGUGGGGUUGUUGAGGGAAGUGAGAAACACUGUCAUUGUUAUUGUUGAUCCUUGAAAUAACCUCAUGCAAUCACCAUGUGUAACAUUUGUUUUCAAUCAGUGACAUGUCUGUUUGUGUCUGCUCAAGCUUCUUUUGCUUCCCAAUAAAACAUCAAGGGCAAAACUUAUCAUUGCUUUGCCCCUAGUUUAUGCCUAUGUUGUGUGUACUUUUAUUUCAUUAUGAAUACAAAAAGUUUUUUUUUUGUGUUUGUGUUCCUCGUUUCAGUUCCCCAUAUACUCAGUCUUCUUGUCGCUAAAAAGUAUCUAUAAAUAUUGAACUGGUCUUGUUGUAUAAACUUGUUUGCGUCUUGACAUGUUCACUAGCUAGAAAAAUUAAAUUUGCUAUAUAUAAUACCAAAAUCGGUUUUCAUCCUGAAAAAGAGUUCUAUAGUGAACAGAAAUAUAAUUAUAUAUUCAAAAAUGCUAAGAAUAUGUGGAUUUUUAUUGAAUAAGGCAGUAGAUGGAAUGAUACAGUUAGGAAAAAUAAUUUUAUGUUUUUCUAGAUAGAGAGUGUAACAUUCAUUAUAUAAUUUAGUUCAU